CAGGGGUGUCGUAAAAUUCUCUUCCAGGUCAAUUAACCUACUCCAGAAAAACUGUCUACAACCCAAACCCAAUUCCUAAGAUGGCAGGAGAGGCCAUUCUAUCCUUCGCAGGCGAGAUCCAGAAGCAAAUCCAAGCAGACGGCCACGAACUCUCGAGUCUACACUUGGAUGAAGCUACGUCGAACAAGCUAGACAGCUAUCUCAGCCAUCUGCCAGUUUCCACAAGCACCUCUUACCCCUCCAUCCGCCGGCGUUUGGACCACGCAGGCACAGAACUGUGGAACAGCUGCACGCAGCGUAUGACGAACUGCAGCGAACCAACAUCAUCCGUGGUCUUGUGCAAAGUCAAAGCGUUCGCAUGGGCUAUGCUCGAUACUGCCAUCUCGAAUAGGAGUCUGGGGAGCUUCAGAGUCUUGAAGACAGCUUACAAGCUGGUCAAGACUUGCAUAGAGCAUGGUUGCGUCGCCAUCAGCUUGAAAGUCAUCGAGGCGGUAGCUAUGCGGCUGGAUGCGCUCGAGCACUUGGAGACAGAUGUUGAUAAAGCGAGGUUGCGUCAGUGCAACGUGCAUUAUUAUGCGCUUCGGGUCCACUUGGCGUGGCUGCAAGGCAGAUCGGACAUUGCAGAUCAUUUGUUUCUUAAACUCCCUGAGUCGAUCACUGGCGAUACCUGUGUUCUGGAUCUUUGCUUCAAGGUUGGGAGCUCGGCGCUGUCGUGCAGUCAGUACGAUGUGGCGGCGAAGUGGCUGGGAAGGGGAUUGGAGCAAUGCAAGCUGCUUGCUUCUAGUUCUGAAGGAUCUGAUGUUCCUUUGCAGGAUAAGGAGCUUCUAAUUCUGCAUGCUUUAGUGCGAGCGAAUACUCACCUUGAUACGCAUGACUCGAAAGACAAUCUUGUGAGAACCUUAGGUCACUUGAAAUCUCAGUAUAGCAAUAUGUUUUCAAUUCGGCUUCUGGAGCUUGAAGUCCUUGCUCGAGAGAACAGAGAUGUGGAACGGUACUUCCAAGUACUACAAGACGCCUUGAAGGUGAUGGAUGCCUCAGAAAGCAGCUUCAGGAUGUGCGGGUAA